AUGGAGUCAGGGCCCGGUGGGACAACUCAAAGAUUGAAGAGGGUGCUCAGCCGCAGGGACCAGGUCUGCCUGAUCAGGAGCAACGUUGUGACUCGAGCUGCUUGUCUCUUGUCUCUUUUGCAGUUGGUGUAUCCCUACGACUUCAGAUUAACGGAAAAAGAGAAAACCAGUAUCUGCUACUUGUCCUUCCCCGACUCGUACUCAGGUGGCCUGGGGGACACGCAGUUCAGCUUCCGCCUUCGCCAGUCUGGGGGACAGAGGGCCACUCACUACGAGGAUGACGGCGAGUACAACAGAGAAGCGCCCCUGACGCUGCAGCGGGAGGCAGCCCAUUACUUCGGCUACGUGUACUUCAGGCAAGUCAAGGACAGCUCAAUGAAGAGGGGUUAUUUUCAGAAGUCUUUGGUGCUGGUGUCACGCCUCCCAUACGUGAACUUGUUCCAGUCAUUGCUGCAGCUGAUUGCUCCAGAAUACUUUGACAAGCUGGAGCCGUGCUUGGAGGCAGUGUGCAAUGAGAUUGAUCAGUGGCCGCCUCCUGUGCCAGGGCAGACUUUGAACCUUCCGGUGAUGGGAGUUGUAAUCCAGGUGAGAAUCCCGUCCAGGGUAGAUAAGCCAGGAUCAAGCCCAGUGAAGCAAUUUAAUCAAGAGAAUCUGUUACCAGCCCCACUGGUUCUCCCCAGUAUUCAUGAACUGGAUCUCUUCAGGUGUUUCCAGCCAGUGCUAAUUCAUAUCCAGAUGUUAUGGGAGCUGAUGUUACUGGGAGAGCCAAUUGUCGUCAUGGCACCGUCCCCAACAGUGUCUUCAGAAAUGGUUCUGGCACUUACCAGUUGUCUUGCUCCGCUAAAGUACUGCUGUGACUACCGUCCCUAUUUCACAAUCCACGACAGUGAAUUCAAGGAGUACACCACCAGGACACAAGCUCCGCCAAACAUUGUUGUGGGAGUCACAAACCCUUUCUUCAUCAAAACGCUCCAGCACUGGCCACACAUCCUUCGGGUUGGGGAGCUCAGAAUGUCAGGAGACCUGCCCAAGCAAGUUAAAGUGAAGAAGCUAAACAAACUAAGAACUCUAGACACAAAACCAGGAAUCUACACUUCUUAUAAAACAUUUCUUCACAAAGACAAAGCCCUGAUAAAAAGAUUAUUAAAGGGGAUCCAGCGGAAACGCCCGUCCGAAGUGCAGAGCGCCCUGCUGAGGCGGCACCUCCUGGAGCUCACCCAGAGUUUCAUCAUCCCGCUGGAGCAUUAUAUUGCAAGUCUGAUGCCCCUGCAGAGGGCCAUUACUCCAUGGAAGAAUCCCCCGCAGAUCCGUCCGUUCCGACAAGAAGAUUUCAUGAAGACCCUUGAGCAUGCAGGUCCCCAGCUCACCUGUGUGCUCAAAGGAGACUGGUUAGGCCUCUACAGGCGUUUCUUCAAGUCGCCCAACUUCGACGGCUGGUACCGGCAGCGGCACAAGGAAAUGACGCAGAAGCUGGAAGCCCUGCACUUGGAAGCGAUCUGCGACGCGAACAUUGUGGCCUGGAUGAAGGACAAGUCGGAGGUGGAGAUUGUAGAUCUGGUGCUGAAGCUUCGUGAGAAGCUGGUCAGAGCCAGGUGCCAGCACCUCCCGGUGAAGGAGGAGACGCUGCAGAGGGUGGCCCUGUACAUCGACACCGUCAUCGGCUCCUUGCCCGAGGACCUGCAGGCGGUGCUGCGCCACCCCUGA